CCAUGGUUAUGACGGGGCUUCUGGUCUCCUGGAUUUUCUGCCAUAAUGAAAUUGUGGCCUCUACGAACUUAGCUUAUGGGAUUUUCUCUAUGCUGAAUGGACGUAGAGAGAUGGAACUAUUUGUAGAUCAAGUCAAGUCAUCCGGCAAAGUGGAUGGGACAAAUAUCCACCGGCAUAAAAAAUCAAUAGAAAGAGUUCAACAAGAGACAUUUCUCUAGGGUGCUCCGUGCAGUGAAUAUACGUUGUAGAAUCGAUCUCCUAGGAUAUGUUUAUUGUUCUUGGACUUUAUAGACUGAGACUUUAUC